AUGGCAAAGCUCCUGUACCCGACUUCACUCCCCCUCGAUGUCCAGAGCCUCGAGGGGUUCUCCGUUGCCUUACAUCCAUAUGACGUGACGGUCCCCAUCCCCGACGAACAUACCGACGCCGAGUUCUUGGUGACCUGGGCCAAUGCCGCGGGGAACCUCAAGGAUGCCGCCCAGCGCCUGAAGAAGCUGCGCUGGAUCCAGUCUCUCGCCGCGGGCCCCAACGACGUGCUGAACGCCGGCUUCGAUACCUCCCGCAUCAUCGUGACCACCGGCUCCGGGCUGCACGAUGGCCCCGUCGCAGAACAUACUCUCGGUCUGCUACUAAACGCCGCUCGCCGGUUCAAUGAGAUGACGGAAUAUCAGCUCCGCGGCAAGUGGCCGGGCCACUUGGGGGGCUCCUUCCCCCGAUCCGAUUUCACCACUCUGCGCGGCUCGAACGUGCUCAUCUGGGGCUACGGAAACAUCGCCAAGGAGCUUACCUCUUUCCUCGUGCCUCUCGGUGCCAAGGUCCGUGGCAUUGCCCGCACUGCCGGUGUCCGCAACGGGGUUGAAGUCCUGAGCGACGACAAGCUCCCUGAAGUGCUCCCAGAGACCGAUGCCCUUGUCAUGAUUCUCCCGGGUCAUCCCUCCACAAAUGACGCAUUGAAUGCCGAGAAACUCAAGCUGCUCCCAAAGCACGCCUGGGUUGUCAACGUCGGCCGUGGUACCUCCGUUGACGAGGAUGCCCUAGCCGAUGCUUUGGAGAAGGGCGACAUAGGCGGCGCCGCUCUUGAUGUGUUCAAGACCGAGCCACUUCCCGAGUCAAGCCGACUGUGGAAGACACCUAACCUUAUUAUUUCGCCUCACGCAGCCGGAGGAAGGCCCGAGGGUUGCGAGGAAUUGAUCGCUCACAACCUCCGACGCAUCUUAGCCUCGCAGCCAUUGAAAAAUGUAAUCAACUAA